AUGUAUCGGUGGUCGCGCCUUCGGCUCCCAAAUGGACAAGUGGCCCGUUCAGCAUGGAAGGAAGCACUGCGACCUCUAGAAAAAACGCGAAUGUCGCGAAACGUCAAGCUCGAGAUUGAUGGAACAACUUGCUAUGGGGAGGUCCAAUAUUUCACGCAGCUCGCCAUUCGAAAUGAUGGUCCACAGGCAGCAUGGCGAUUCAGGACUGUCGCACUUGUUUCAUUAUAUUCCGCACCUGACAAACAGCUUCUUGAAUUGUCGCACCAGACAGUUUGGUCUUGCACGAAUCAAGGUGAAGUUGGCCUUCGUGUUGUAGAUGUCACCGAUAUCCAGGCCGUCGUCGCAGUUAUACCUCAUCGGCCUACUUUACCAUCUGGAGUUACCGAGGACCGAGUCUUUGUUGUUGAAAAGACCGGGCUCGAUGUAUCAUAUACCGGAGUAUUUGCUGAAGAGGACGAUAACGAUAAUGAGCGAGAAGAAUAG